AUGUCAUUCAUUAGCGCCAGGUGCUUCUCUGUAAGCCGUCAAUUAUGCUCACACAUUGGUAGUUCUCCUAUCUAUCUGGCAGCAGAGACCAAAUUCUCCGUUUCUGCCUUAAACAUCCCAAAAGUCAUCAGAAAAGGUAAUAAAUCCUUAAAACUAUCACAAAUGGUUACUGUAGAAGGUCCUAAAGGCCAAGUUGCAAUGGAAAUGCCCGAUUUCGUCAAGGUACAAGCUGAUUCAUCUGGUGCGAAAUUAAACGUAUCCGUCCUAGACACCAGCGACAAGAUACAGAGGUCAAUGUGGGGGACAAUGAGGUCUCAUAUCAAUAACCAUGUUACUGGUGUAAGCGAAGGACAUUUAGCAACUUUGAAAUUUGUGGGUACCGGUUACAGGGCGCAAGUGGAACAAGACGGUAAAUUUGUUAGCGUUAAAGUUGGUGCUUCAGUCAUGCAGGGCUUAACGGUACCAGAGGGAAUCAAAGUUACCUCUCCAGUGCCUACCUCUCUGAUAAUAGAAGGCUGUGAUAAGCAACAGGUCCACCUAUUCGCUGCCAAAUUGAGGAACUUCCAUCCACCUGAACCUUAUAAGGGUAAAGGUAUUUAUGUAAAUAACGAAACCAUCAAAUUGAAGGACAAGAAGAUUAAAUGA